AUGUCGGCCCCGCGCAGACGCCCCGCGGCCGCUGCCGGGGGGGGGCCCGAGGGGGCGGCCGAGGGGGGAGCCCCCGCCGGAGCCCCCCGCCCCGGCGAUGCGGAGCGGGGCAUGGCGGCCCCGCCGCUCUGCCUGCGCCUGCUGGCCGCCGCCUUCUACGGCCUCAGCUCCUUCCUCAUCGUCGUCGUCAACAAGAGCGUCCUCACCACCUACGGGUUCCCGUCCUCGCUGUGCGUGGGGCUGGGCCAGAUGCUGGCGACGGUGGCCGUGCUCUGGGCGGGGAAGGCGCUGCGGGUGGUCAAGUUCCCUGACCUGGACAGACACGUCCCCCCGACUUUUCCUCUACCUCUUCUGUACUUCGGGAACCAGAUCACAGGACUGUUCAGCACAAAGAAACUGAACCUGCCCAUGUUCACCGUCCUGCGGAGGUUUUCCAUCCUGUUUACGAUGUUUGCCGAAGGAUUCUUGCUCAAGAAGAAGUUUUCCUGGAGCAUUCAGAUGACAGUAUUUGCUAUGAUCUUUGGUGCAUUUGUAGCUGCCAGUGCUGACUUGGCAUUCGAUCUGGAAGGAUACAUUUUUAUCCUCAUUAAUGAUGCCUUAACGGCUGCAAACGGUGCCUACGUGAAACAGAAGCUGGAUUCAAAGGAGCUGGGGAAGUACGGUCUGCUCUACUACAAUGCACUGUUCAUGAUCGUCCCCACCCUGGCCAUUGCCUACAUCACUGGAGAUGCACAGAAGGCAAUGGAAUACCAGGGCUGGGCAGACACGUUCUUCGUCGUGCAGUUCACGCUGUCGUGUGUGAUGGGGUUUAUUUUGAUGUACUCCACGGUUCUGUGCACUCAGUACAACUCUGCUCUUACAACUACAAUAGUUGGCUGCAUUAAGAAUAUUUUAAUAACCUAUAUUGGGAUGUUUUUUGGAGGAGAUUAUAUUUUUACAUGGAUGAACUUCAUUGGUCUGAAUAUCAGUAUUGCUGGAAGCCUGGUGUAUUCCUACAUCACUUUCACCGAGGAGCAAAUGAACAAGGAGUCGGAUGCUGGCAGCAAGAUGGAUAUUAAAGGGAAAAGCUCCGUGUGAGCAGGGAGAGGCUUUUUUUGGGAACCAACCUCUUCCUGUUCGCUUGAUCGCGGGCAGGACGUGGGAAGGGAUCCGGGGCGCCUGCCAGGAGCCACGGGGAUGCUCUUAAUUUGCACAGCCGAGAUUGCUGCCUUCACAAAUCCUUGGGAAGAGAGCGGCCUGCAAGGGGAAGGAUGAGCCUAAUUAAGCGUGAUCGGGAGGAAUUAAUGGGUUUCUAAUCAAGCUGGGAGUCGGCAGCGGAGAUGGGCACGAGCAGCGGGCAGGGCGAGGGCUGGAAGACGUUCUGCUCUGAGGGAUGUGCCAGGGGUAUCCCUGGCUGGAUCUGCUCCGUGGGAUCCGAGGAUCUGCUCCUCAGUGGAGGGAUGCUGGGGCUGGCUCCGUGCCCAGCCCGCUCCCUCUGGAAGGGAGGGAAUGUCGUGGCACCCAGCGGUGCCCGGCUCCGAGGAUGCCAGCGCCGGCAUUCCCUGGAAGAUGCAGGAUGCUCCUGGGCUGGGCCAAAACCUCUUGGAUGAAUGUUCAGUGCUCUCUGGACUUCAGUUUGAGCUGUUUUCUGGUUAUUUUCUGGUUUUUUGUUCCAUUAACCCGCUUUUCAAGCUGGGUUUGCCCUCCUGGGCUUAGCAGAGCCUUGCAUUCUCCUCUGUCUUUGUGAGGCUCGGGGACAUUCCCAGCAGGAAGGUUUUCCCUGCCACUGCUGAGCUCUGCAGCCUCCCUCACCUGGGGUCAGAAAGCCUUGGAUUUGAGAAAGCUGCUGGCCUUACUGGGAAGAUCCACCAGGGAGAAGCUGCUGGGAUCACAGGAGAGCUGAGGUUGUCCCACCUGGCACAGCACAUCCAGGGAAUCUGCAAAGGCUGCAGCUCCCACCCCUGGGAGGAAGAGGCACAAGGACUUAAAUCUUCUUUUUUGGCAAGUACAGGGGGCCCCACAAUUCUUGUGUUCCAUGGAAUGAGUCACCCUGGGUUUGUGACCCACCAAAAGAAUGGGAAUUUUCAUGCAUUGGGUGGUGGUCACUGACUUUUAAAGGUUGUUUUACCCAGCACUUCUUUCCAGGUCCCUUUGGGUUGUCUUUUGGGUUAAAAAGAAUUGUUUUUAAGUUCGGUUAAAAAACUUUUGGUAAAAUAAUGUUUUUAGAGAUUUUUGUACCCAAACAGCUUCUCCAGACACUGACAUUGGGGUUUUUUGGGAGAUACUUGCUCCAGCUGGAACUGCUCUCAGGCAAAGCUGCAUUUGUUGGAGUUUUUGGGAAGUUUUUGGAUGGGAAAGAGAUUUUGUGUGAGGGUGCUGCUCCAGCCUGGUGUGCAGUGAGUGAGCUGCUGCCUGCUCCAACAAUUCCAGAGCCACAACUUCCCCCUUUUUUUGUGGGAUUGUGUGGUCACUGUAGGGAGUUGGGGUGUUCUGGAGCAGCCCCUCAGCGGGUUCCCCCUCAGAGCACAGUAAAAAAGCGAUCCCUGAUUGUCUCCCAAAAUUCCAGUAAAACCUCAGCUUUAUCCCAGGGGAGGGAGGCUGGCAAGCCCUUCCUGCUGUGCAGAAGCCCCCCAGUCCCAGCCCAGCUGGGGUUGCUGGUCCCCGUGCUGGUUCCCAGUAUCCAGGUGGGGCUGGGGCCCCUCCCACCUCCUCCUUCCUCUCCUGCAGCAUUCCCAAAUCCCUUUUUCCCACGUGUGCUCCGACUCCGCCGUGCUGAGUUCACAGCCAGGAGGUUGAUUCUGUCAGAGGGGGUUUUUUAUGAUUUUAUGUUUGUUUUUGAAUCUACUGGUUAGAUUUGGAGUCCUAACAGGGAAGUAUUUUUAAAGCUUAUUUUGUCCAUGCCGGGAUCCUGCUGGAUCCUAAACACUGGGAAAGUCAAGAGUUCCUCUAACAGUAUUUUCUAUGCUCUUAAUUGACUAAAAAAAUGUUUUCUAUAGAGAAUCUAUUUACAAAAUGAGCAUUUUAGUGCUGAAAAUCUGAAUGUAUGGCAGGCUGUGGAUGUGAGCAAUGAGAGCAGACAGGAUUUAUGUGCCUCUGUAUUUUUGUAUUUGCUUCCAAUAAACCAAUGAACCAAA